AUUUAAGGAUAAUGGAAAUUUUGAGAAUGUCAUGAAAUUUCAUCAUAUGUUAUAUUUGAACAAAAUAGUGGAUGAAAAUAUGGUUUACUACAAGCAAGAAAUCGUCCAGCAUGACGUCAUUAGGCAGAGUGACCCGGAUGUAUGUUCUGACGCUAUGCGCAAAAUUCGAUGCGCACAGUGUUCUGGUUCGACGUCAAGAUGGCGGAAGCAGUUCAGACAUCUUGUGCAUCGCCAAGAUUGAAGCGUCCUAGACUAGAUAAUGAUGAUCACAUAGUACUGUCUUUGACUUCUUACGACAGUAAAUUGGACAACUGCGUCGAUCGCGGUGAAGAUGGGUGUUUCGCCGUACCCUAUGAAGUGACAUCAACAAGUGAUCCACAGAAUGAUACUUAUGGCGGUGAUUCUGGAUUUCAUGAAUUGACUCCUCCAGUAUCUGCUGGAUAUGUGGAUUCUACAUCUAUUGAUGAACUUAAUCUUGAUUUGAUGUACGACCAGCAUAUUGAUUUUGUUAAUGGAAUACAUAUCCCUGAUCCUGACAGUUCUCAAACUGAUUUAUUAGGUCAGCCAUCAGUUAGUACAUAUUCAUCUGUUGAUGAUAUAAACAGUUUGGUACCUGAUAAUAUAGAGAAUGAUGCAGAUGAAAUAGCUUCUACUAUCAGUGAUUUGUCUGGCUUAAGUGAUCUCUCAGAUUUUAGUGGGCAAGAAUGGAAACCAACUGCAGGUCCUGUAAGUUGGGUCCAGAGACAAAUGAGUUUAGGUGCAGAUCCACAUGCUAUAUUAUCAGAUAUAUUGCCAAAAGGUACUCUCAUACCAUCUCAUUUGGAUGAAGUCACACUUUGGAAGAUAAUAGUGAACAUGUUGAGUGAACCACCCAGACGCCAAAAACUGGCCAAUGUUAAUACUAUGGAAGAUGUAGUUCAAUUAUUGAAAACAUGUAACAAAAUUAUUAUUUUAACAGGAGCAGGGGUAUCUGUUUCAUGUGGAAUUCCAGAUUUUAGAUCAAUAAAUGGAAUAUAUGCACGUCUAAGCAAAGAAUAUCCUGAUUUGCCAGAUCCACAAGCAAUGUUUGACAUAAAUUAUUUUAGAAAGGAUCCUCGUCCAUUCUUUAAAUUUGCAAAGGAAAUCUAUCCUGGCCAGUUUCAGCCAUCUCCAAGUCAUCGCUUUAUUCGUCUUUUGGAACAACAGAAUAAAUUACUGAGAAAUUAUACUCAGAAUAUAGAUACAUUAGAACAAGCUGCUGGAAUAGUGAAAGCAAUCACUUGCCAUGGUUCAUUUGCUACUGCUACUUGUACACAGUGUGGUUAUAAAGUUGAUUGUUCAGUAAUAAAAGAUGAAAUCUUUAAUCAGCAAAUCCCUUAUUGCCCAUAUUGUCCACCUGAUAUAGAAGAAAUGGCUGUAAUGAAACCUGAUAUUGUAUUUUUUGGUGAAGGUUUAUCAGAUGAAUUUCAUCAAACAAUGGCCAAAGAUAAAGAUAUUUGUGAUCUUCUUAUUGUUAUUGGUUCAUCCUUAAAAGUUCGACCAGUUGCUCUCAUACCCAGUUCAAUACCUCCAAAUGUUCCUCAGAUUUUAAUUAACAGAGAACCAUUGAAACACCUUACAUUUGAUGUUGAACUGUUAGGAGAUUGUGAUGUUAUCAUAAAGGAAUUGUGUAGCAGGUUAGGGGAAGAGUGGCUGCAAGUCAUAGGAACCCAGCAUGCUCUUCAACAAAUUGCAGAAUUGCCAUCUGCUGUUAAUAAAAAUUGUACAAAUGUUUUAUCAGAAUCUGAGGUUAACAAUAAUAACAAUGUAGCUGCAGCAGAUACCACUACUGCUGUGGAAGCUAAUAGUUGGAAUCAGAAUUCUGAUAACCCUGCAGAAGAGGAAAGUAGUUGUGACUGUAAUAAUCUGUCUAAUAUUAGAAUAGAAGAUAGUUUGGAUGGAAUAGUUGAUAGUGAUCAAAGCAAUAACAAUCCUGAUUCCACUAGUAAUGAUAGAGAUUCUGAACCACAAUCUACAAGAGAUAUAGAAAAAUUGAGAGAGUGUUGGCAGUCCACACAAAAGCAGUCCUUGUCAUCUAGAUUACCUGAAAAUACCUUUUUGAUUGUUCCACCGAAUCGUUACGUGUUUCAUGGAGCCGAAUUAUAUUUGGAUGAGCAUCUGGAUACAGAAGGAGAGGUUUCAAGCAUGUCCGUUUUAGAAGAACAGAAUUAUAAUGCUCCUAGUGUGGCAACCAACAGUAAUCUUGUGAGCUCUGAGGAAAAAGUCGAAGCAACGUUUACUGUGGAACAAAAUAAUAUACCAGAGAAUGUUGACAGUGACAAAAACUAUGCAGCAACAGCAGCAGCAGAAAUGUUGGGGACAAACAAUAAUGAAAAUUUCAGUUGUUCGUGAAAUUAAUUUUAGAAUUUAUACCUCCUGUAAAAAUACCAUAUCUGUGAUGUGGUGUAUAUGAUCUGUGUUUGAACUCAUUAGCAUUCUAUUAUGGUGCUACAACACCAACACCAUUAUAGCUACCCCGAAAGUCCCAUUUUGCACAAAUAUUACUUUGUGCUUUACCAGUGACUUUGACAUGCUGGAUUUAUGCAGGUUGAAGAUUCGAACAUUGAGUGUUUCAACUUGCUUAUUUUCACCCUUUAAUGAAGUUGGAUAAUUCUUCAGACUUUUUCGUCUAUCAUGUAAAAAGAAAACAAAAAAAGUUAUGUAAGUCCAUGAUUCAUUUUCCAAGGUCACUUAAAAUUGUAUGAUGGUGACAACCCUGUAAAUUUAUCUCGCAUCCAUUAAGCCAUUAGUUUUUCGUUUUUUGAUGUUUACGCAACUUCUCAACGAGAUUAAGUACACCCAUGCAAUUUUAAAAAUCAAAAGAUGGAAGUUUAGUUUGUAGAUAUGCCAUAUUAUUGUCGUAUAUUGCAUAAAUGAUGAUAAAAAUUAAUACCAAAGAAGCUCAGAGUAGAAACUAUCAUAGGAAAUUUGUUCGCAGUUGUCGGCACGUUAAUUCACGCUGCUGACGUUAUGCGAAAGAGAGGAAGUAUAUUUUCCAGUAGUAUUUAUAGCUAGCUGUUUCACGUUUAAGAAAAAGUCCAUAGAUAUGUCCGGGGUGACAAUCAGUAUUAUUUCCCUUGGGGUGCUAUUUCAGUUGUGUCCAUAGAGCACAAUCAGAAGAUUGAUUUAAACCUCAGGCAUCAGCAAUACAUGACAGGUGUUUCCUAAUACAGCUGGACUGAUUUUAGGGAACAGGGAUAUAACCCGGAUCUGUAUUAGUUUUAAAUAUAAGAUUAAAAAAGGAUCUUGAUAACAGUGGCAGCAAUUCACAUCAGUGAUCAGCAGCGACUCAGCCAGGUGCUUUAUUUAAGUGUUUAGAUCACUUUGGUCCGUGUUGUACGUGUUUACAAUAGCGCAGAAUUAUUGUCCUUCCCAACUAUUGGUGGCAAAUUCUUGCAGACUUUUCUGUGAUACAGAUUGUUGACUGAUGGCGUUUACUGCGAAACCAUAUUUGAAACAGUGGGGAGGGGUGAAAGACGACGGAUUAAGUAUGAUUUGUGUCGGAAUCUCAUCGGGGCCACAUCCAAAGGAGAAAUGAAAUUCUUUUGUUUUGGUAUAUAAUUGAAGAAACUUCUGUACCUCAGCACUACUUUCUCAAUGUGUAUUAUAUAUAAAUAUUUAAAAAUAUGCGGUAAAUAUAUAUAUAUAAAAAGAAAUUCACCAUAAUGUAAACUUGUUAAGAAUUUCCUGUUGUUUCAUUGUAAAGGUAGCAUGCCUCUCUUCCUCGUUAACCGGGAAUAUUUUUGUGCAUGCUUCAGGUAGCUUAUGGGCAGAGUUUCGAAGAUGCCCCGAAAUUCAAAGUGAUUUGGAUGCCAUUAGAAGAGUAGAAAUUGCUAUUUUAAGCGCAUUUGACAAAAAGGUUAAAAACGAAAAAAAUUCAAAUAAAUGUAAGUUUAACUAUUUAGUGCCACUGACCAGUAUAAUAGUUUCAACUUUCGAACGGAAGCUUUAAAAAAAUUCCCAGUGCGUCCAUUUGAGAGGCUAGUGCCAAUUUACUCGCAUGUUAAUUCUUUUUUCUUUGGACAUUAGAACGCCACCAUCUUCUCUUCUGUAUUCAAGAGCAUGGCAUCUGUUAAUUUGCCACGAUGGGAACGUUUCGCCCGAGUUUCCGAUUAAGAAAUAUGUAAAUAUCCAUUAGCUGGGUGUUGCAUCGUUUGUAUUUAUUGGUAGAAAUUUUUGUCCCUCCUAGCAGUUUCACUUCUGUACAAAAGCUGCACUCUUCGGUCGUAAGUUCAAAAUUUAAGGGAUUAUUCGUUGCAACUUAGACACGGUCCCUAGUAUCGAUUAAUCGCUAUUAAUCUGGUCAGUGGUCUGUUCAUAGUGAUGCUAACGUCAUUUUAUAUGUUUCAUCUUAGUUGUUAGUGGGUAUGUAAUGUCAUCAGAUGUACAAUUAAAGCUAUUCAACUACUUAAA